AUGGAAACGCACAUCUCGUGCCUGUUCCCCGAGCUGCUAGCCAUGAUCUUCGGGUACCUGGAGGUGCGGGACAAGGGCCGGGCGGCGCAGGUGUGCACGGCCUGGCGGGACGCCGCCUACCAUCGGUCGGUCUGGCGCGGCGUGGAGGCCAAGCUGCACCUGCGCCGCGCCAACCCCUCGCUCUUUCCCAGCCUGGCGGCGCGGGGCAUUCGGCGGGUACAGAUCCUGUCGCUGCGGCGCAGCCUGAGCUACGUGAUCCAGGGCAUGGCGGACAUCGAGAGCCUCAACCUCAGCGGCUGCUACAACCUCACCGACAACGGGCUGGGCCACGCCUUCGUGGCAGAGAUCAGCUCCCUGCGCUCGCUCAACCUGAGCCUCUGCAAGCAAAUCACGGACAGCAGCCUGGGCCGCAUCGCUCAGUACCUCAAGGGUCUGGAGGUGCUCGAGCUGGGGGGCUGCAGCAAUAUCACCAACACCGGCCUCCUCCUCAUCGCCUGGGGCCUGCAGCGCCUCAAGAGCCUCAACCUGCGCUCCUGCCGGCACCUCUCGGACGUGGGCAUCGGGCACCUGGCAGGCAUGACGCGCAGCGCGGCUGAGGGCUGCCUGGGCCUGGAGCAGCUCACGCUGCAGGACUGCCAGAAGCUCAGCGACCUCUCGCUCAAGCACCUAGCUCGCGGGCUGGGCCGCCUCCGCCAGCUCAACCUCAGCUUCUGCGGGGGCAUCUCGGACGCGGGGCUGCUGCACCUGUCACAUAUGAGCAGCCUGCGCAGCCUCAACCUGCGCUCCUGCGACAACAUCAGCGACACGGGCAUCAUGCAUCUGGCCAUGGGCAGCCUGCGGCUCUCCGGCCUCGACGUCUCCUUCUGCGACAAGGUCGGGGACCAGAGCCUAGCCUACAUUGCCCAGGGCCUGGACGGGCUGCGCUCCCUCUCCCUCUGCUCCUGCCACAUCAGCGACGAGGGCAUCAACCGCAUGGUGCGGCAGAUGCACGGGCUCCGCACCCUCAACAUCGGCCAGUGUGUCCGCAUCACUGACAAGGGCCUGGAGCUCAUCGCUGAGCACCUCAGCCAGCUCACCGGCAUCGAUCUCUACGGCUGCACCCGCAUCACGAAGCGGGGCUUGGAGCGCAUCACCCAGCUGCCCUGCCUCAAGGUGCUCAACCUGGGACUUUGGGAAAUGACUGAGAGCGAGAAGGUCAGGUGA